UUGGAUAUGUUAUUUUUUGCCCUUGCCCCCCUCUGUGGGUAAGGGGGGAAAGCUUGAAAAACUGUGUUUUUCUGCCCAUUGAUAAACGUAAUGAGAUUUGAGUGUCAACAUUAAAAUGUUCCGUGUCAUCAGCUCUGUGAAACUGCAGUGAAAUAUGGAAGCGAGGGAGAAAAAACUCUGUUUUCAGCCUGGCUGUGUCCCCUGCUAGGGUGCUGUGGGGAAUGUUGAUAAACACUGGGAAGGGCUGAGAGGUGGCAGAGGCAGGUGAGGAGCCGGUGGCUUCUGAGGGACCACAGAAAUCUGCCACUUCAUCUCCUCCUGCGUCUGAGUGCCAGAGGCUCCUAGUUAGGGGAAGCCUUUCCAACUCUUCUCUUUUUGCUUUCCCUGGAUCAAGGAAAUAAGCAAUGCAAUGGAAAUUUUUAAUAAACAUUUCUAGCAGGAAUAAUAUUUUACAUCUCCCUCUGCCUCUGCUGAGUAAGUGCUGUUAGCUCCAAUUGUUCAUUACUAAGGAAAGUCUUCUCCAAUUCAUCUCUAGCAGUACUCCAGGUAGAGGUGAUUUAUUUUUUUUUGUUACCUGGCAUGGCUGUGCUGUCACUGCUGCUGCUGCUUGGGCUAAUAGAAAUAACUGCUGCCGUGGACGUCGCGCCUAGAAUAAAAGCGGGGUCAAGGUGGAGAGGUGAAAAGAAUCACUCCGAAGACCUAGAGAGGGGGAACGACAGCGGGACACCACUGCCCACCUCUGAUAACGGUGACAAUUCGCUGGGCUACACAGGUUCCCGUCUUCGACAGGAGGAUUUCCCGCCUCGGAUCGUGGAGCACCCCUCCGAUUUGAUCGUUUCCAAAGGAGAACCAGCCACUUUGAACUGCAAAGCAGAGGGCAGGCCGACCCCCACCAUCGAGUGGUACAAGGGUGGGGAAAGGGUGGAAACGGACAAGGAUGACCCGCGCUCCCACCGGAUGCUGCUGCCCAGCGGAUCUUUAUUUUUCCUGCGCAUCGUGCACGGGCGCAAGAGCCGGCCGGACGAAGGGGUCUACGUGUGUGUGGCAAGGAAUUACCUCGGGGAGGCUGUAAGUCAUAAUGCAUCGCUGGAGGUGGCAAUUCUACGGGAUGACUUCAGACAAAAUCCCUCAGAUGUCAUGGUAGCUGUGGGGGAACCUGCAGUGAUGGAAUGCCAGCCCCCGAGAGGUCACCCAGAGCCAACUAUAUCAUGGAAGAAAGACGGGACCCCUCUAGAUGACAAAGAUGAGAGAAUUACAAUCAGAGGAGGAAAGCUGAUGAUCACAUACACAAGAAAGAACGAUGCUGGCAAAUACGUUUGUGUUGGAACAAAUAUGGUUGGAGAACGUGAAAGUGAAGUUGCAGAGCUCACUGUUUUAGAGAGACCAUCUUUUGUGAAGAGACCGAGCAAUUUGGCGGUGACUGUGGAUGACAGUGCAGAAUUUAAGUGUGAGGCGAGAGGUGACCCAGUCCCUACAGUGAGGUGGAGGAAAGAUGACGGGGAGCUGCCAAAAGCAAGAUACGAAAUCCGUGAUGAUCAUACCUUGAAAAUCAGAAAAGUUAUGGCAGGAGACAUGGGAUCAUACACUUGUGUUGCAGAAAAUAUGGUUGGAAAAGCUGAGGCAUCAGCAACUUUAACAGUUCAAGUUGUGUCUGAACCUCCACAGUUUGUUGUAAAGCCUCGAGACCAGGUGGCUGCCCUGGGGAGAACGGUGACUUUCCAGUGUGAAGCAACUGGGAACCCUCAGCCAGCCAUCUUCUGGCGGAGAGAAGGGAGUCAGAAUCUGCUUUUCUCAUACCAGCCCCCUCAGUCAUCCAGCCGAUUUUCAGUUUCCCAGACUGGAGACCUCACCAUCACCAAUGUCCAGAGAUCUGAUGUUGGGUACUACAUCUGCCAGACUUUAAAUGUUGCAGGAAGUAUCAUAACAAAAGCCUACUUGGAAGUUACAGAUGUGAUUGCAGACCGGCCGCCCCCUGUCAUUCGGCAGGGUCCUGCGAAUCAGACUGUGGCUGUGGACGGGACUUUAGUGCUGAGCUGUGUGGCCACAGGCACUUUAAUGCCCACUAUCCUCUGGAAAAAGGAUGGAAUCCUCAUUUCCACCCAAGACUCUCGCAUCAAGCAGCUGGAGACAGGAGCGCUGCAGAUCAGAUAUGCCAAGCUGGGCGACACGGGCCGGUACACCUGCAUUGCCUCAACCCCGAGCGGCGAAGCGACGUGGAGCGCGUUCAUAGAGGUCCAAGAGUUUGGAGUCCCAGUGCAGCCACCAAGACCCACUGACCCAAAUUUGAUUCCUAGUGCUCCAUCAAAGCCUGAGGUUACAGAUGUCAGCAGAAAUACAGUAACAUUGUCAUGGCAACCUAAUUUGAAUUCAGGUGCAACACCAACCUCUUACAUAAUUGAGGCCUUCAGCCAUGCAUCAGGGAGCAGCUGGCAAACUGUAGCUGAGAAUGUGAAAACUGAGAGUUUUGCAGUUAAAGGGCUAAAACCUAAUGCAAUUUAUCUCUUCCUUGUGAGAGCAGCUAAUGCAUAUGGGCUGAGCGACCCAAGCCAAAUAUCUGAUCCAGUGAAAACUCAAGAUGUUCCGCCAACAAGUCAAGGUGUGGAUCACAAGCAGGUCCAGAGAGAGCUGGGUGACGUGGUGCUACACCUGCACAACCCUACUAUCCUUUCUUCCUCCUCAAUCGAAGUUCAUUGGACUGUGGACCAGCAAUCCCAAUAUAUUCAAGGAUAUAAAAUUCUGUACCGGCCUACACCAGCAUCUUAUGGAGAAUCAGAGUGGUUGAUCUUUGAAGUGAGGACUCCCACCAAAAACAGCGUUAUCAUUCCAGAGCUGAAGAAAGGCGUAAACUACGAAAUCAAGGCCCGCCCUUUCUUUAAUGAGUUUCAGGGAGCAGAUAGUGAAGUGAAAUUUGCAAAGACCCUGGAAGAAGCUCCGAGCGCUCCACCUCAGAGUGUGUCAGUAACCAAGAACGAUGGGAACGGGACAGCAAUCGUGGUCACCUGGCAGCCACCCCCUGAGGACAACCAGAACGGGAUGGUGCAAGAAUACAAGGUUUGGUGCCUCGGCAACGAAAGCCGGUACCACAUCAACAAGACCGUGGAUGGCACCACCUUCUCCGUGGUCAUCCCCUCCCUGGUGCCCGGCAUCCGAUACAGCGUGGAAGUGGCUGCAAGCACUGGGGCAGGACCUGGAGUGAAAAGUGAUCCCCAGUUUAUCCAGUUAGAUUCUCAUGGAAACCCUGUGUCUUCAGAAGAUCAAGUCAGUUUAGCCCAGCAGAUUUCUGAUGUAGUAAAGCAACCUGCCUUUAUUGCUGGAAUUGGUGCAGCCUGUUGGAUUAUCCUCAUGGUCUUCAGCAUCUGGUUGUAUCGCCACAGGAAGAAGAGGAAUGGACUCACGAGUACUUAUGCUGGUAUCAGAAAAGUCCCGUCUUUUACCUUCACACCAACAGUAACAUAUCAGAGAGGAGGAGAGGCCGUAAGCAGUGGAGGCAGGCCUGGACUCCUAAACAUCAGUGAACCAGCCACUCAGCCAUGGUUAGCAGAUACUUGGCCUAACACAGGGAACAAUCACAAUGACUGCUCCAUCAACUGCUGCACCUCUGGCAAUGGCAACAGUGAUAGCAACCUCACAACGUACAGUCGACCAGCCGAUUGUAUAGCAAAUUACAACAAUCAGCUGGACAACAAGCAGACAAACCUGAUGUUGCCUGAGUCAACUGUAUAUGGGGACGUGGACCUCAGCAACAAAAUCAAUGAGAUGAAAACCUUCAAUAGUCCAAAUCUAAAGGAUGGAAGAUUUGUCAGCCAGCCUGGGCAGCCCACUCCUUAUGCCACCACUCAGCUCAUCCAGUCCAAUAUCAGCAAUAAUGUUAACAAUGGCAGCGGGGACUCGAAUGAGAAACACUGGAAACCCUCUGUUCAGCAAAAGCAAGAGGUUCCACCCAUACAGUACAACAUUAUGGAGCAAAACAAAUUAAACAAAGAUUACCGAGUAAAUGACAACAUUGCUCCAACUAUUCCCUACAACCAGUCCUAUGACCAGAAUACAGGUGGAUCCUACAACAGCUCAGACAGAGGCAGUAGUACAUCUGGGAGUCAAGGGCACAAGAAGGGUGCUCGGACCCCAAAGGCUCCCAAGCAAGCUGGCAUGAACUGGGCAGAUCUUCUCCCACCCCCUCCAGCACAUCCACCUCCCCACAGCAACAGCGAAGAUUACAGUCUUUCAGUGGAUGAAGGCUAUGACCAAGAAAUUCCUUGUCCUGUGCCACCUGCAAGGAUGUAUCUGCAGCAGGAUGAGCUAGAGGAAGAGGAAGAAGAUGAGCGAGGUCCUACUCCACCUGUGCGAGGAGCAGCUUCCUCUCCAGCCGCUGUCUCCUAUAGCCAUCAGUCAACUGCCACUCUCACCCCCUCUCCCCAGGAAGAACUCCAGCCCAUGUUACAGGACUGUCAGGAGGAUCUGGGACACACACAACACCAACCUGACCGGAGACGUCAACAACCUGUGAGUCCUCCACCCCCUCCAAGGCCCAUCUCCCCACCACAUACCUAUGGAUACAUCUCAGGCCCCUUGGUCUCUGACAUGGAUACCGACGCCCCAGAAGAGGAGGAGGACGAGGCGGAUAUAGAGGUUGCCAAGAUGCAGAACAGGAGGCUCCUUUUGCGUGGCCUGGAGCAGACCCCUGCCUCCAGCGUCGGGGAUUUGGAGAGCUCCGUGACAGGGUCCAUGAUCAAUGGCUGGGGCUCGGCCUCUGAAGAAGACAACAUCUCCAGCGGGCGCUCCAGCGUCAGCUCCUCCGACGGAUCGUUCUUCACCGACGCCGAUUUUGCACAGGCCGUCGCAGCAGCCGCCGAGUACGCCGGCCUCAAAGUGGCCAGACGGCAAAUGCACGAGGCAGCAGGAGGCCGUAGACAUUUUCAUGCAUCACACUGUCCCAGACCCACCAGCCCUGUAUCUACCGACAGCAACAUGAGUGCUGUUGUAAUACAGAAGGUCCGACCUGCCAAAAAGCAAAAACACCAGCCAGGACAUCUGCGCAGAGAAGUCUACACAGAUGACCUGCCCCCUCCUCCCGUGCCCCCUCCAGCCAUCAAGUCCCCGACGGCGCAGUCCAAGGCGCAGCUGGAGGUGCGGCCGGUGCUGCUGCCCAAGCUCGCCCCAGCGGAGGCGAGGACGGACAGGUCGGCGGAGAGGAAGGCAGCGAGCUACAAGGGCAGGGACGGGGCGGAGGGCAGGCAGCACCCCGACCUGCGGCCGGGCUCGGGGGAGCGCAGAGAGCCCCUGGAGCAGCCGGGCGACGGCAAACCGCGAGCCAGCAAAGCACCAAAACGAGAUGGCGCACCAGCAAAAAGUCAUCUUCUUCAAGAGGACAUCCUGCCAUAUUCUAGACCAACGUUUCCAACAUCAAAUAAUCCUAGAGAUCCCAGCUCCUCCAGCUCCAUGUCGUCAAGAGGCUCAGGAGGCAGACAGAGGGCAGAUCAAGCAAAUCUAGCCCGAAGGAAUGUUGCAGAAAUGCAAGUACUGGGAGCCUAUGAACAAGGAGAGGAGGAAGAAGAAGAAGAGAUGGAGGAAACAGAAAGCUGAAGACAACGACAUGUACUGUAACAGGCUUUUAAAAUCUAAUCAGAAAAAAAAUAAAUCACUUAAGAUGCCUCAAGUCUGAUGAUGUUUGACGCCAGAAAUAAUGUUCAGUGCAAUCAGAGUGUACAAUUUUUCCUUUUUCCUCAUGCCAUCAGAAUGCUAGUUUUUAUUUUACUCUUUCUUUGUAAGCCCUCCUCACUAGGAACGGCCCUUGCCUAUUCCGUAUCGCUGAGUGCAUCACCUUCUCUGCCCGAGGAGGCAGGGAAGCUGCUCUUCGAGGUGCUUGGGCCAGCUGCUGCUCCAGGAUUAGAACAGAAGGGAAUUCCAGGGCCUGGGAUUCCAAGGUUUCUCCCCAGUUCUCCAGCGAGCCAGUCGGUACCGCCGCAAGGGACGCGGCCGUGAUCAAAGAGCUCCCCGGGGUGGAGGUGGUGCAGAGCAUCCUCUGCUUCUCGGGGUUCCACUGGGCUCUGCAGUCACUGCAAAUGGUACCUUGCAGCUUUAACACAGACUGCGUGUCUUGUGUUCUGCCAGUCUCUUGCUAACCUUUUGCAGAUGAUACAGUUUGACAAAUGAAAGUAAAAUUAAUUUGGGACAAGAUGGCUCUUAUUGUAAAUAUGUACUCAUUUUAAACCCCUGUGGUACUUUGGUUUGUCUUUCCAUUUUCAUCAUUAAAUACAUUCUUAUUAAAAAUGUCCUUUGGGAUAGGCAGGAGGUAAGGCAAUGUGAUUGCUAUUUGCCUAAUCAUACCAUGAGCAAGUUUAUCUGAAACUUUUUUCCGAUUUUCAGCUUCAACACUGCUUACAAAAAAAAAACCAGUGGACAUUUUUAAUAACCAUUAGGUAAUAUCAUCAACUGCUACUGGCCCAAAUCUCAGACCUCUACUUGUGUCAAUUCACCUUAAAGAAGAAGUGCCACUUAAAGAAGUUUUGUUUGAUCUUGGCAAUGAUUUUUUUUUGUAAUGCACUGCUUAUCUUUUUUUUUUUUUUUUGGUUUUAAAAGCACAAUCACUAAACUUUGUUUGUAAACCAUUGUAACUAUUAACCUUUUUUUUUUUCUUGUCUUAUUGAAAAUGUUAAGCAUUUGUUUGGGAUAUUUUUCAUCUUUUUGUUAAUGCUUUAUGUUUGUAUUUGGAAUAUUUGAAUGAUGACAGAUGGUAAAGUAACAAAUGUUAAUGUGGGCCAUAAUCGAAACACUUCUCACUUUUCCUGGACUUACAGAAAAUUACCAAUUUUUCUGUGGCCUCUUUCAACAUUGGAUUUUCAUUAAAGCUGAAAUAGAGGCAUUAGUUGCAUUCAAUUUGCCAAAUGAUGUCCUCUUUCUGUAGGUUUUCUGAUCUUUUUUGUAAUUAUAAAAUUCCUUUGUCAUUGGUGCUAAUGGAAAAAUGUGUGUUUGUUUAUUGACAGCUAUCAGGACUAGCCCCAAUGAAAAAAAAAAGAAAAAAAAAAAGUGUUUUGGUGUUUACCGAGGACUGAAAUUUUUCAUUUAGCUAAUUUUUAAAGAAAGGUUCCAUAGAAAGGGUGUGCAGUACUAAAGGAAAAUCCAUGUGAUUAAUGUUUUCAUUAUGUUCAUGUAAGAAACCUCAUAUUUUAGCCAUAAUUUUGCAUACUGAGGAUCCAAUAAUCAGAAAAGUAAUUUUUGUCACAUUAUUUAUUAAAAAUGUUCUCAAAUACA